AUGCAUUAUAUACGUUUCCUCAAGUCUCCUCGGCUACUGCUGAAUUCACCUCCUGUUUUGAGUGCGAAGGUAACUGUUACUACGGACCUUGGGGAGUCGUUCCUUCUGACAGACAUUGCACUAUUUGUGGAGCUCGAGUCUGAGGAUGGGUCGAAUAUUCUUGGCCCUGGGAAGGGGAGGGAAUACAUGUGGAAAGGGCGCAGUGGUAUGAGGAGUUUGGAGGUCUCCAUACCUAUUCCCUUGUCUAAGAGCAAGGGAAGAGGUGGAGGAAGGAUGAGGAUGCUGGUUCGUCCAAAGGAGGACAAAUAUAAUGUGGAUACUUUGGGAAUAUUAUUAACUGGGAAUAAUAACCCCAACGAGGAUGAAGGCCGGGUCCUUGCUGUCCGGAGCAUGAGUCUCGAUAACGGUCAGCCGGCCGAAGGGCAAAAUGCAGGUGUAGGAAUGGCGAAGAGAGUCCUUAUCUCAGGGAGUAAAGAGAUCGUCGUCUGGGAAGAGACUGGGGAAAGUAUAGCACGACAUAUCUGGGAUGCCGGGCUUAUGCUUUCGUCAUAUAUUGCUGCCAUCUCGCCCUCCAACACCCCACAUCCUGAAUACCUCCAUACUCUACCAGAAUUACCAACGCUGGGAAAGAUACUAUCUCUCAAGGAUUUGAACAUCCUAGAACUUGGUGCAGGCUGCGGCAUCGUCGGCAUAACACUCUCAAAGUUCCUCCCCAGCGCCUCACAAAUCCUCCUCACCGACCUCCCUGAAGCCUCCGAGAUAUUGGAGCACAAUCUCUCUCCCUCCAUACUCCUCCCCCAAAACAGAACAAAAAUCACACACCAAGUCCUAGACUGGGCAUCUCCCCUUCAACCAAACAUCAAGGAGACAGACUGGGAUCUGAUCGUCGUAGCGGAUUGCACGUACAAUCCCGACGUCGUCCCGGAUCUAGUCUCAACGCUGAAAUCCAUUACACAAGGUAAUAAGAGGAAACAUGCGCUGAUAUUGUUGGCUAUGAAGGUAAGGCACGAGAGCGAGAUGGUCUUCUUUGACUUGAUGGCCCGGAAUGGGUUUGUAAUUCAAGAGAAAGCAGUUCUGCCGCUGCCCGUCUUGGCGGGGGAGGGGGAACAGAUUGAGAUUUUCGGAUUCAUGUUGAGAGAUGCGGGGGAUUAG